AGAAGUGUUCUAGGGGGCGGGACUUCCUGCAGGGCUGCUGUUGGAUGGCCGAAGCCUGUAGGUGACACGUAUCUAAAGUUAAAGGCACCGUUUAGGCCGCGCUGCUCCCGCUGACACUUUUAGAAAAAAAGCCUCCUGCGUGUUGCCUUUGGCUUUCGCUGGCUAAAUCGGCUCUUCCAUCUAUUCAACUUCGGAAAGUGAAAGUUUAGCGUUUCUGAAGUCUGUCCUGCGAGUUUCCUCCAAACGGGGAACAAAUAAAGAAGAAAGAAAAAAGACGGGACAAACUUGGCAACAUAGUUCUGCAAGUAGCAAUAAUUACAGAUGUUAGGCUUCUUGCAUGAAUAAGUUGAUCGAUGGAGAGUGUUUACGCUGCAACGAUUUAACUUGAUCCCUUGGUGACGGUUUUAGUUAUGCAGGAGGAAAAUUAAAAAGGACAAACCCCAAAAAAGGUAGGGAGGCGGGGCGGGGGGGGAAGUUUGUGAUUUGGCUUGUUAAGUUUCGGCGGAGGUUUGGGGGCUGCCUGCUCGGGAGGAUGGGAAACGGAGUGUGCUCUAGAAGGCAGAAGCGGGUCUUCCAGUCCCUGCUGCUUCUCACCGUGGUCUUCGGCGUCAUUUACGGGGGCAUGUUCUCCUACGAGCUGCACAAGCAGCUGAAACGGACCGAGGUGCUGGCGAUCAAGUACCAGCAGCACCAGGAGUCUCUGUCGGCUCAGCUGCAAGUGGUGUAUGAGCACCGGUCCCGGCUGGAGAAGUCCCUGCAGAAGGAGCGCUUGGAGCACAAGAAGGCCAAAGAAGAUUAUCUUGUGUACAAACUUGAAUCUCAGCAAACCCUGAACAAAGAGAAGCAAGAUGCCGGCACCAGGUUUCACUCCUUGCAUGUGCAACACCAGAUGUUGAAGAACCAACACGACGACAUAAAGAAGCAGUUCUUCGAGCUUCAGGAGAAACACCAGGUCCAGAGUGAUGACCAUGGCAAGGUCCUGGAGGAUCACAGGCAGAAAUAUGACAAUCUUCAGCAGACCAAGGAGCUGGAGAUCUCCAGGCUCAAAGAAAAUGUGUAUAACCUCAGAGAGGAGAACAAGCAGCUGAGGAAGGCCCAUCAGGACGUUCACAUACAGCUGCAGGAUGCCCGGCAUCAACAGAAGAAUUUAAAGUCCUCUCAUGACCAACUCGCACUGACACUAGAAGACCACAAGAAUGCACUGGCUGCUGCACAGGCUACCACAGUUUGCUCUGCAUGCAUGCGGUCGCCCCCAUACCAAGUGGAGGAGCUGAAGAGGCUAAAGCUAUCUCAGAAUCGGCCGCUCGGCCCGCAGCAGGCGAACCAACCGACCCCAGCCACGGCGUCCAAGAGCCUGUUCGACCACAAGGGGGAGCUCCAGGCCCACAGGGCGAUGGAUGCAAAGCUAGAGCCGCAGCCGCAGGACCCCCGGGAGGAGAAACCUCAGGAGGAACGGCGGACAGAGCUGGCGGAGGAGGAGAUGGCACAAGUGGGGCAGCCCCAGGAAGAGGAGGACGAGGAGGGAAUGGAGGAGAGGGCACAACCCAACCAGCCAGACGAAAACGCUCUUGACCACGAGCACGGUCUGCACCAGGAAAUGGCGGAGCAUGGCCCGGCUCCGGCCCAGGGGCGGGUCAAGUCUGCCUACGAAGCGCAGCUGGAGCAGCAACGUCUGGCCGCGCAGCAGGAUGCGGAGCGCAGGCAGCUGCAACUGCGCCAGGAGGCCCUGCACCAGCAGCAGCUGCGCGAGCAGGCGGAGCGGGAGCGGCAUGUGCGGCAGCUGCGGGAGCAGGAGGAGGAGCAGCACCGUCAGGCCGACCGCAGGGAGAAGCUGCUGCAGGAGGAGCACCUGAGGCGCAGAAGUCAGUACGAGAACAUGGACACAGAUGUGGGUCGGGAUGAAGAGGAACCGCACGAUGGGGCAGAGCGAGAGACGGACACCCAGGCUCUCCACCAGAAGGACGUGAAUGAGGAGGACCAGGAGCAUCAUCACCAGAGCCCGGCUGAGGAUCUGAACCCAGAGGACGACCCGAACAACCAGGGUGAAGAUGAGCUGGAGGAGGCAGGACAGCAGCAGCAGAUGGUUGGAAACCCUGAUCAGCAGGAGGACAACCUUGAUGAGCAGUACCAAGAGGAAGGAGAAGAUGAGGUCCAGGAGGACUUGGCUGUGGCUGCAGCACAUCAGAAACAGGAAGGGGAGGAGGAAGAAGACCCUUACAACGAGGAGAAUGGAGAGGGCGAUGAUGCGAGGCGUGAUGCCGGGAAGGUGGGCAAGGAGCUCAGGAAGGACGUGACGGCCAACGAGGAGGAGAACUACGAAGAGGAGGACGGGGAGGCGGAAGAGGAAGUGACGAAGAACUCGCGGACCAAUCGUAGAGCUGAGAUGUGAGAGGCGGGAGCGCAGAGAGACUGAACACAGUGCCUUCCGCUGAAGAUCGCCGUUCCCUCAGGGUUCUUUUUUAAAAUGUUAUUUUUUCCUUUUUAAAAGUGGGGGGGGGAUGUUUAUCUAGAACUUUCCAGUACAGUAGGUGUCCUGUAUUCUGGUUGACUGGUCCGUGGUUGCAUCCGUCUGGGUUCGGAAUCUGUAAUGAUGGAGGUCAUGUUUUUCCAAAGGCCUGGGAAUAAGCGGUUCCAUGUGACCAGCUGGAUCUUUCUGGUCCAGUUAAAACCAGCCACCGCCUGAAACAAAUCGCCAUGUUCCAAAUGAUGAUGAUGGCUGUAAGGUAGAUGCAUUACCCAAGAUGCUUAUGUUUUUAAGAUUUCUAUGUGAAGGUUUGUAUUGAUCUAUUUAAUGAUGUAUUUAAUUCUUCAGGUGUCGUUUCUGACAAUCAUGUCUCCUCCACUAUAUAUAUGUGUAAAAGGAGGGUUACUAAGCAACCACUUCUUUGACCUGAUUGGCUGCAGCGCUCCCCAAACUUCUAAACGUACCCAAACCCAACGAUUAAACUACUGAAUGUGGCUGGCGGUGCCUGGCAGCCUGGCACGCGGACGCUCACCCGUGUGUCGCGUUUGUACAGGCGCUGUGGGGGACGCCCGUAAUCGUACACUUUUGCUGACAGCGGAAUACAAAAAUCCACAUUCUAGUGGCUGUAAGACUGUUAAGACACAGUGGAGGAAUGAGGCAGAGUGAUAAGCUGUUGGUUGCUGUACAUUUUGGGGGAAGGGCCCCCCCCCCCCCCCCACCCCCCUUUAAUCAUUAACCUACACCUUCUCCGUGCUGCAUGUAGUAAUAUUCAGACCGCAGAGGUACCGUAGUAAUGGUGAAUGUGCUGAUGGUGGCUGGCGAUGGAUUCUCUGGUCUGUGCCCCUCCCAUGGUUAGCUGUCCUGCGUGGUGCCUGAUGGUCCCCUUUGCUGGGGACCCUCACACACUGUUUCUGUCCAUUUUCACAUCAAAAGUGUCAGCUAGCCUCUAGGGGUGUGAUUAUUAUUAUUUUUUUUUUAAGUAAUUCAAAGUUACAGGAGGUAUUUUAUACUUUUUGUGUUACAUGAGGGAGAAAUGUGGCCCUCGCCUUUUAAAACGGGGAAACCUUCUGCUAUUUAUUUCAGAUAUAAUCUCAAAUCCUUUAUCAGCCAUUUUGUUUUCAUGUCCCCAUAACUAUACAGAGGAUUGUAAAAGGCGGAGAUGCUAAACAAUCGAUUCCUUUAAUCGCUCACGUUCUGCUGUAAAAUGUAUAGAUAAAUAAAUAUCAUUUUGUACGUA